GAGCGUGCGUAGAUCUUGUGCUUCUCGCACGUCGAUUAAGGCGAAUCGAACUGCACGUAUGGGUCUGGGUCUGUGAGCGGCGCCUUCGGAUGGCAGCGUGUGGGUCGGCGCGUGGCUCGGCAGACGCGAAGAGCGCCGCCAAAGAGCUUGUGGAUGAGGUGUUGCGAGUUGAACCGGAGAGCGGUGAUGUGAAAUUAUUUCAUUGGGACCUUCUGGUGCUGGCGCUGAGUGACGCAACAGAUCCGCAGCUGCAGGCUGACGCCGCCCGUGCCAUCAUCAAGUUCUUCAAGACUCGGUCAUCGCAGUUUCGCAUCGAUGAGUUCAAGCGGCUGUGUUCUUCCCUGUCGGACAUCAAGGCGGCUCGGGGGCUCUCGGAUCUGGUGGAUGAGGCCAUCUUCUCCCUCCUCUCAUCGGCAAUGUCAGACCGGGACGACUCCUCAUCAAUGCGCGAUCACCUGCUGACCCACCACGUGGACCUGGUCAGAAGAGCCGAGGCUGCGUUCGCAAAGGAUGAGGCCCUCAGCUUCCUCAGGCUGCUUUACGGUCCCGUGUCACCUUUGGCCACUGUCCCCAUUGCCUCGUGGAUUAGGGCUUUUGACAUGGUCGUGGAGUUGGGGCUGAGCGACGUGGCGCUGACGGGCCGAGCAUCCAAAGGUGACGGACGGCUGCUGCUGUCUGUAGUCAGCAACAGGAUGUACGGCAAUCUCGGUUCCAUGACUCUAGCAGGUAGAAUGAGUGAACGAGUGAGUUGCUGACUCAGCACUUUCAUUGGUACAUGUUUCGUUCAGGUGCGCAUGAGGAGGCCCUAUCGGCUGUCCAUCGGCACAUGUGCCCGCACGCCGGACGCCUCGUCGACGUGCUCGUGUCCGACACGGCUUCCGACGCCAUCAAGGGCAACGCCUUAGCCGUCCUUGGCUUCAUCUUCUCGACAGCCUACAUCUGCACAAGAGGUCCACAGGACGGCAGCCAGCUGAAGAAGGCGCUGAAAGAGCCCAUCCGUCUGCUGCUCAAAGACGACAUGAGGGGGCUCAAAGCUACAGCUAAGGUGCUCAAGAAGUGCUAUGAGGUCGACCUGCUCGACGUUGAGGGAAGCAGUUUCGUCACCAUCCCUUUCCAUCUCCAGCUCGGUAAUCUUCGAAAGAGAAACACACGCCUGUCCCUUUGGAUGUUUCUUCGUGUGUAGCGUAUGGCUUCUCCCGCCAGGUCGUCGACGCCGGCUACCUCCCUGCCAUGCUGACCGUCUUCGACGAUGAGCGGCUCGGCAGUCAUUCCUUCCACAGAGGGGCCCUGACGGUUGCGGUGGUGGUCGUCAAGCUCAUCGUCGAGAACGACAGCGAGGUCAGUCGGCCCAGGUGAAAGGCUUGAUUUGGUGGGCAGAUAUGCUGUGUGUGUGUGGGCGUCAGGCCAUUGCCAACGCGGAUGUCGCUGCCAUGCUUUGUCGUCUGCUGCACCGCCAUGCUGCUGGCGAGUUCCGAGCCAAGGAAGCAGACCAUGUGAUUGACAACAUUGUUGGGGUACUGGGCAAAAUGAUUCUGUAAGUACGGGAACGUGAAUGUGUGUGUGUGUGAAUGUAAAGAACGCACCGUCGCUCGCCUUUGCUUGUGUGAUGCAGAGCUUCUUCGGCGGCGUUGACCGAUGAGAUCACGAAAGAGCCGCUAUUUUGCCCUCUCGAACCAAUGGGCAGCAAAAACGUCAUCGCGCAGCAAACGAUUAGGGUGCGAAAGAGGUUCUCUAUCUCUCUCUAUCUUGCCACAGUCAUCCCAGCGACAUCCACUGUGUGCUAUGCGCGAGUGCAGAUGCUGUCUGAGUGGGUGCCGCCGAGCACGGCAGCAUACCAGCGGCUAACAGUGCAUCCAAAGGUGGGCUGCAGAAUAUGUAUAAGAGGUCUGCGGCGAGUGACUAGUGAUCAUACUUUUCAGGUGGCGAGCUUCUUCGAGGAGAUCGACGACUUCGCGGGUCUCCGCAUGUUCGCCAUGGAGCUUACCAACGACGGCGACCGAACAGCUGAAGGGGGAAACACCGCAGGCACGGCUGACGCCGCUGCUGCUGCUGCUGCUGGUGCUGCGAGUGCGUUUGCAUCUUCUGGCCCAAAGGACAGAUGGAAAAGUACGAACGAUGCUGAUGAACCAAUAAAUCAGACACACACCACGACAGACCUUAUCUAUGCGCCUCUUAACAGGUGUCGGAAACGCACUCUUUGGCAAGUUCAAGUACCUCGACGCCUACCGGGCAUACAUCAAGGUACACACGGGGCAGGAGGGGCGGCAACACAGACGUGCACUUGAGGCCGUGCUGUGUGCCGUAGGGCGUCCGUUUGGCGAAGCUGGAGUCCAUCUCUGAGCUGCUGGUCCGCCGCGCACAGUGCCGCAUGGGUGUGGGCGACUGUGUGGGUGCGAUGAUCGACGUCACGACCGCCCUCCGCAUUCUCCCGCCGCCCCCAUCCGUCGAGCCCGGCAGCAAGUCGGCCAUCAUCCAGCAGACCGCGGUAGAGAUUGUAUACACACCGCUCGUCAUGCGGUGGCUCAAUGGCCUCGAUCCUGCCACCGGCGGUGAAGAUGUGAUGGUCCUGCCAUCGGAGGAGACGACAGCGGCCUUCAUGAAGGACGCCAUGCAGCACCUCUGCGCGCGAGUCGAGGCGGCGGGACCGUCUGAGCCACUCGAGGUGGCCGAUGCCCUCGCGGCAGGCCAGCAGCUGCAGGAGGAGGACAGAUUUGCGGAGGCUUCCGAUAUCUUCACGGCUGGUCUUGCUGCUGCUGACGUGUCGACGCUCAUUGCGCUGCUGAGCAAUGCCUCGGCGUGUCUGCUCAAGCCCGAGCUCAUUAGGGAGGGGGGUCCGGAUGCAGUGGGGUGUGCGGCCGCCGCCCUCCAUCUGAGCUGCCUGCAUCACGAUCCCUCCCAGCAGCUGACCACCAUCCAGCAGAAGUGCCUCGUGCGGCUGGGCCAGGGGCUGCUGGCCGAGCGGCUCUUCGACGCUGCUGAUGUCAUUGCCAGGGCCAUCAAGAAACACGUGAGUGGGGGAGUGGGGAAUGACGGAAAAGGGGGAUGAUGUGUGUGGUGGUGCGUGUGUGUGUGUGGUUCAGGUUGGCGAGGGCCAGAUGAGGACGGAGGCCGACACACUGCAGCAACGUAUCCGCACCCACCGGGCCAAUGCUAAGGGCGACUUUGACUGGGCCGCCAUCUACCGUCAGCAGCUCGACAACAUCACAGCCAUGCAGCACGGCAGACCCCCCACAUCCAUCGACGUGGCCGAGUACGUUGGCCCCGUGGUCGUGCGACACGACGAGGCCCAGCAGCCCAGCCUCUAUGCGAAGGAGGACAUCCAGGUGGGCCAGCUGCUGCUCGUUCAAAAGCCCGUCGUCAUAGCGUCCGGUGAUUUCGCAUCGCUGACGAGCUCGGACGGCUACAGACAGCUGAUGGCGGCCUGCAAGGACGGCUGGCAUCCCCGGCUGGUGUCGCAGCUGUGCUGUCUGUCAGAGGGCCAGCGGCGGCCCUCGACCCUCGCGGCCCCGCCGUCCCACGAGACGUGUCUUGGCCUGGUCCCUGGCUUCCCCCUGCUGCCCCGCUUCAUGCAGUCCCAUGGUGCGGAGGAGUUCGGCUCGCCUGUGGCCCAGGUCGACGGCGACAGCAUUCCCCAACUCGUGACCUUCAACCAUCGCAUGAGUGUCACCAUCCGCGGCUGCCUUCCUGGUGUGCUGCGUACUCCUGAUGACGCCACGUCCACUCCGGCAUCAGGGGUGUGGAUACUGCCGUCGCUCAUCAGACACGCGAGAUACGACAGAAAUGCCAUAUGGUAGGCACCAAGCACCACGGGAGGGAUGGACACGCCCCAUUCCGACAUAUUGGACUUGUGUUCGUCUGCGUGUGCUCUGGUCAGGUAUGUGGUAGGCGACCUCUUGGUCGUGAGGGCCUCACGAGCAAUCAGCCGCGGCGGCGGCGUGACAGCUGACUACUUCGACGACGGAUAUGAGUUCUUUGACGCCAAGGAUUAUGUGGAUGACGGCGACGCCAUUUCGAUGGCCGAGCGGUGGGGAAUCCCCUCGCCCUCGCAGCACGACGAGAAGCAUAUCCAAGAGGCCAGCAGGGCAAUCGGCAAGGGGAUCCACCGCGUCGGCACCCUCCGUCGGGGCGGAGCGUCGCCCACGGCUAUUCUGAGAGAUAGCGACGCCCUCAUGAGGAAGAUGGAGACCCUGCAGCAGUCGAUGACGUCCAACGUGCCCACAAUGAGGACCAGCGAGCUGCACAUCUUCCGGGGCAUGCUUCUCUGUGGGCUGGGACGCCAUGAUGAGGCCAGCGAGGCGACGAUCGAGGCCGUCAAGACCGCCCGGGCGGUGCGGUCGAUCGGCGUUGGGGACUGCCGCUGUCUCUCGACGACCAUCCGUUCUGCACCACAUGAUUCGCAGCUGUGUGAUGUGAUGCUAGAAGAGCUUCGGCGCACGUGUGCGCUCGUCUUCGACACACCCGAUGCAGCGAAUAUGAUCUUCCUCAAUCAAUGAGCAGAGCUGAGAGGGUGUCUGGCUCGGAGGCCCGCUUGCUGUCUGCCUGCCUGCCCGCUUGCAGCAUGGCGGCUUGAUCGAUUAGACU